AUGGUACUUUACGCGACUGGGCUCGUCCUCCCGUCCCGAAGGGAAAGUCUCCGCCUCCCAAAAGGCAAAGAUGGCACAAAGGUACAUCCCAAAGCGACUUCACGCAAUUCUUGCUCGAGAGAGAUGAUAAUACUAAAUGUAUUUCCAGAAGUGGUUCGAUGCGGUCUUCCGGGCUCAACGCGCGCAGCUAAAGGCCGACAACCCGAGGACAAAGCGCCACGACGAAAAGAAAUCGAUCUCUCUCCUGACCUCCAAGGUCGCCAGUACCCACAAGCCGAAAUGCGACGAUCAACCCGUACUCGAUGAAGAGGAGCUGAACGCCGGAAUCAAUGAGCCCGUCACCAACAAUAUUGCUUGGUAUCUCCCUUUCCCAUACGCUUCCAUCGACACCAAAGGCCGCAACGUGUUCUUCCUCGCAAGUGAGAAUGCUGAGGAGGAGCAGAAGGACUCUGCAGAGCUCUCUGAGGACCAUGACGCCAAAGCAUCAGCACCGAAGCAGCCCGCGCGACUUCAGCACAUGGAUGAAGCAGAAUACGCGCUGUAUCUUGAGGGACUGGGAUCGAAGGUUCUCGCUAAGCAGGCGGAGCACUUUGAGAGGACGGGAGACGGAGAGAUCUUCAAAGAGGGACUCAUGCAGACGGCAGACGGAGAUGAUGAGUUCUCAUCGGACGAAAUGUUGGAGGGUUUCGUGGUGGUAAAUUCAGGAGUAAGAUUGUGA